AUGGGUACCCCUCCAUCCCCAGAGACAGACACCUGUGACAAAACCAAGCCCAUCACCAUCGAAGUCCACGGCCUAAAAGCAAAGAUCUACCUAAACCGUCCAGAAGAGGACCCCAUCCCAUCUCACUAUCUCCAAAAGGCAGAACAAAUCCCCUCCACCGACCGCCCAAUCUGGCGCUUCCGAGGCCGCGAAGACGCCCGCAACGUCAACCUCAGCAGGUAG